AUAACGCUUAUCGAUCUCUCUGUAAUCGACUCAGCGGGUCUGACCAAGUAGCUGAACAUCACAAGGGUGGAUUUGGCUAAAAUGUUAUUCUUAAUGAUUAUUGACAUCUUUACACAGCGGACAUAAACAUGAUGUAAAAAAGCGACUAUACAGGGGCAGUGAAAUGGCUGCCGAAGACAAAUCUUCCUGCUCGUCUGGGAUGGACUGGAGCUCAGAGCCGGCACUGUCUCCCACCAGUCCUUCCCAUCUAACACACUUCAAACCUCUGACCCCAGAACAGGACGAGCCACCCCUGCGGUCAGCGUACAGCUCCUUCGUCAAUCUGUUCCGCUUCAGCAAAGAAAAAUCAGGUGCAAACAAUGCACCAGCAAAAAAGCUUGCUAAACUUGAGGAAGGACGGCCUCCAUCAAUAGCAGAGAAAAGUCAUUCGGCCUCAUCAUCGCCACAGGGGCAGAGACGCAACUGGUCAAGUCCCUCCCAUUCAAUACAUGGCUCUGAACCACACAGGAAACAUUCAGAACUUCUCAGAAGAACAUCUACAGCGUCAGAAGGUCGACGGAAAUCGGAAGCUCCCCUCGGCAGCCAUGACCCUCGAACUGCCGUUCAGCUUCGUACAGCCCUCAAGAGACUCAAGGAGAUCAUGGAGGGAAAAAGUCAGGACAGCGAUCUGAAGCAGUACUGGAUGCCGGACAGCCAGUGUAAGGAGUGCUACGACUGCAACGAGAAGUUCACGACCUUCAGACGCCGUCACCACUGUCGACUCUGCGGCCAGAUCUUCUGCAGCCGUUGCUGCAACCAGGAAAUUCCUGGCAAGUUCAUGGGCUACACGGGUGAUUUACGGGCAUGUACGUACUGUCGUAAGAUAGCGCUGAGUUACGCCCAUUCGACUGAUUCGAGCUCUAUCGGUGAGGAUCUGAGCGCUCUGUCGGACUCACCAUGCUCUGUGUGUGUGCUGGAGCCCACUGAACCACGCACACCUGUUGGGGGCAGAAAAGCGAGUAGGAACAUCUUUCUGGAAGAGGAUCUGACCUGGCAAAGUUUGAUCCAUCAGGAGUCACAGAACAGUGGUCUCAAUUCCAGGCUUUCAGCUGUACAGGAGGAUAUGGGUAAAUCACCAGCCAGGAAGAGGUCAGCUAGUGUGACCAACUUGUCUUUAGACCGCUCCGGCUCAUCCAUGGUCCCCACCUACGAGACUUCAGUUAGCCCACAAAACAGUCGGGCAAUGCUGAAGACCGACCACAGUGAAGAAGAGAGAAAGAUUCUCUUGGAUUCCUCUCAACUUAAAGAUCUAUGGAAGAAGAUUUGCCAUAACAGUACAGGGAUGGAGUUCCAGGACCAUCGAUACUGGCUGCGUACUUACCCCAACUGCAUUGUGGGUAAAGAGUUGGUUAAUUGGCUCUUAAGAAACGGCACCAUUUCAACUAGGGCUCAGGCCAUAGCUAUUGGACAGGCUUUGGUAGAUGGCCGCUGGCUUGACUGUUUAACUCAUCACGAUCAGGUCUUCCGUGACGAAUAUGCCCUCUAUCGCCCCCUCCAGAGCACAGAGUUCUCCGAAACUCCCUCUCCAGACAGCGACAGCGUGAAUUCCUUGGAGGGACACUCUGAACCGUCGUGGUGUAAAGACAUCAAGUUUGACGACAGUGACACAGAGCAGCUAGCAGAUGAAAAUGACUAUGUCAACCCAAACUCGGCCAGUCCCAGUAAAAGAACAUCCGUCAGCAGUUUCCACUCUGCGGUGGACAGUGACUCGGCCGCCUCCAUCAGUUUGAACGUGGAGCAGGACAAUGUCAAUUUCCACAUCAAGAAGCAGGCCAAGUACCCCCACGUGCCUCCUUACACGGCCGAACAAAAAAUGGAUGCCCUGCUAUCUGAAGAUGGAGGUCAACAAAUAUCCAUCAGUGAUGCCUUCAUUAAAGAGUCUUUGUUUAACCGAAGGGUUGAGGAGAAAACUAAAGAGAUGCUGUUCACUCCUCUCGGCUGGCAUCACAGUUCCCUGGACCAACUGCGUGAAGAAAAUGGAGAAAAGAAAGCGAUGGAGCGAUUGCUAUCAGCCAAUCACAGCCAUAUGAUGGCACUGCUCCAGCAGCUGUUAUACAGCGAGUCACUGUCUCUCUCUUGGCGUGACAUCAUCGUACCUGUGGUGAGACAGGUGGUGCAGACAGUGCGACCGGAUGUGCGCAAUUGUGAUGAUGACAUGGAUAUCCGUCAACUGGUCCAUGUCAAGAAGAUUCCAGGAGGAAAGAAGUUUGACUCUGCUGUAGUGAACGGCUUUGUUUGCACAAAGAAUAUUGCACACAAAAAGAUGAAUCCCUACAUCAAAAACCCCAAGAUCCUCCUUCUCAAAUGCUCCAUUGAGUAUCUUUACAGAGAAGAGACUAAGUUGAGCUGCAUUGACCCAAUUGUUUUACAGGAGCAUGAAUUUCUGAAGAACUAUGUUCAGAGGAUUGCAGAUGUCCGGCCCAACCUGGUGCUAGUAGAGAAGACGGUGUCCAGAAUCGCACAAGACAUGUUACUGGAACACGGGAUUACCCUUGUGAUAAACGUCAAACCUCAAGUCCUGGACCGUGUGAGUCGAAUGACUCAGGGAGAUUUAGUCAUUUCAAUGGACCAGCUUUUGACGAAACCUCGCUUGGGGACCUGCCACAAGUUUUACUUACAUUCCUUCCAGCUCCCAAACAAUGAGCUGAAGACCCUGAUGUUUUUUGAGGGUUGUCCUCCUCAGCUGGGCUGCACUAUCAAACUCCGCGGUGCUUCCGAAUAUGAGCUGGCACGGGUGAAAGAGAUCAUCAUCUUUAUGGUGUGUGUGGCUUACCACUUACAGCUGGAGAUCUCCUUCCUCAUGGAUGAAUUUGCAAUGCCUCCCAGCCUGACUGAAAGCUCUUCCUUCCCAUGCCUGCUGGAAAGUACCACUUUGGAGGAAGAGGAGGAGACUGUCAGGGGAAGAGAUAGCCUGGACAAUGAUGAUUCUACGCUAGAAAACCUCAUCCUCGCCUCAGAAGUGGACUUUGAACCGGGGCUCCAGGAGGUUAUUAAAGUUCACAGUAGGCAGCACUCUGAAUCUUCUCUUAAAGAUCGAGAAAGCCCCAGAAUUAAUAAAGAUGGCUCCGUUAUUUCGUUCUCCGGUGGAGAGGAGGCGAUGAUGAAGACCUCCACGCCUGUUUCCUCCUGUUUAAGCGUUGUUCCCCAACCAGUGUCGCCACCUUUUUUAAUUUCAGCCUUGAAAGAGAUGUCAGAGGAAGCGCACAAACAGUCAGGUGAGGAGGUGAAGAACAAAGAUCCGGAACAAACUCUGGUGCAUCAUGACAGCACAGGCUCCGACACUUCCCUUCCACCGUCUCGGCUCUUCAGGGACCCGUUGCAGGAUGACACUGACCUGUUUGUGACCGAGCAUGUGGCUUCUUCAGAUGAUCGACUCAAAUCCAUCUCCACUUUAUUUAAACAGGAGCUAAAGGACAUUAUCCUCUGCAUCUCGCCGUUUAUUACGUUUCGGGAGCCGUACUUGCUCACGUCGGCUGGACUGCGUUGUCCUAGCCGGGACUAUUUUCCAGAGCAGGUUUAUCUCUCUCCUCUACUGAAUAAAGAUUCGAAGGAGCUGGAUGGCCGGCGCAAGAGGCAGCUGCUUAAAGAGUCCGGCCCGAGUUCUGGGAGUCUGACCAACGGUACUGUCUCGCACCAGCGAACCAUCCAGAUCUUGCCCUGCCACAGACUUAUGAGCACCCGCAUAGCAGAGCAUCUGAGCAGCAGUCAAGAUCUGGCACGGAUGCUGGCUGACUACCGCGCUCAAGGAGGACGCAUUCGGCAGAGGGAAGAAAUGCAGUUCAGGGAAGCACCGCCCGCUAAGGCACCCAUAAAGUCGGACAGUGAAGAAGAUAAAGGGGCGGGACAGAAUGAAAUGUCGUGGGCUAGUAAGUUGGACUGCCUAAAUCCAAUCAAUCAUCAGCGACUCUGUGUGCUAUUCAGUAGCUCAUCUGCACAGUCUAACAACGCACCAAACCCCUGCGUCAGCCCAUGGAUUGUAACAAUGGAGUUUUAUGGGAAGAAUGAUCUGACUCUUGGUGUGUUUUUGGAGAGAUACUGUUUUAGGCCCUCUUACCAGUGUCCAAGCAUGUACUGCGAGACUCCCAUGGUUCACCACGUUCGGCGUUUCGUGCAUGGCAGCGGCUGUGUUCAGAUUGUUUUGAAAGAGCUGGACUCACCAGUUCCUGGCUACCAGCACACAAUCCUUAACUACUCCUGGUGCCGUAUCUGUAAACAGGUAACUCCUGUUGUUCCUUUGUCCAAUGACUCCUGGUCCAUGUCCUUCGCCAAGUAUCUAGAACUUCGUUUCUACGGGCAUCAGUACACCCGUCGGGCCAACGCUGAGCCUUGUGGUCACUCCAUCCAUAAGGACUACCACCAGUAUUUUUCCUACAACCAAAUGGUGGCUUCUUUCAGCUACAUCCCCGUGAGGCUACUGGAGAUCUGUCUGCCUUCUCCGAAAAUUAUGAUUAGGAACCAGGGACCCUCCAAAGCAAGCUUACAGCAGGACCUCAAAGACUUUUCCCAGAAGGUGUCUCAGGUGUACAUGGCCAUAGAUGACCGUCUGACCUCCUUAAAAACAGAUACCUUCAGCAAGACCAGAGAGGAAAAAAUGGAGGAUAUGUUUGCACAGAAAGAUAUGGAGGAAUCUGAACUAUGUGGUUGGAUAGAGAAGCAACAGAUGCGUCUCCAGGCCACUACUGUGGACUCUCCACAACAACUCCAGGUUGUUCAGGAGUCAGUGGUGGCCAAAAAGCAGAGCUUGUGUGAGACGCUACAGUCCUGGAACAACAGACUUCAGGACUUGUUCCAGCAAGAGAAGGGCAGAAAGCGAAUGUCUGUUCCUCCCAGUCCUGGCAGGCACAGACAGACGGCACUGACUCAUUUAAAGACAAGUGCUUUGGAGUCCUCCCCUCGUAACCCCUCCCCUGUUGUCCCAAAUGGAGAAAAAGAGGACCGUCACCUCAACACAUUCCCAUCAAGUUCAGGUUCAUCAUCAUUGCUGCAGUUGCCAUCUCCAGCCGAACAGGCUUCGGACCUUAUCACAAGUGGACCCUCUUUCCCCGACCAGGAUUCGACCAGCAUCACAGAGGAUAUGUUUGACGGACAUUUACUUGGUUCCAAUGACAGUCAAGUCAAAGAAAAGUCCAUGACCAUGAAAACCAUCCUGGCCAACCUGUUGCCAGGCAACAGCUACAAUCCCAUUCCUUUUCCUUUUGACCCAGACAAGCAUUACUUGAUGUACGAGCAUGAGAGAGUUCCUAUAGCUGUGUGUGAGAGAGAGCCCAGCUCCAUCAUUGCUUUUGCACUCAGCUGCAAGGAGUAUAAAACCGCUCUUGAUGAGCUCACAAAGACGACGGCAAAGCCUGGAGUUGAUGACACACCUCCAGCCAAUAGUACUGGAGAAAAUAAAGUGAAGAACAGCCCAGCCAAACUCAAUGAGAGCAGCACAUCACAACUGGGCCGCAGCAGCAUAGACACUGACCCCCUGAAGGAACCUGAAAGUGGAGACAAACAGAAAAAGCAGAUAGGAAAUCCACACAUUGAGCUGCAGUUCUCAGACGCAAAUGCCAAGUUUUACUGCAGGAUCUACUAUGCAGAAGAGUUUCAUAAUAUGAGAGAGGAGAUCAUGGAGAGCUCAGAGGAAAACUUUGUGCGCUCACUUUCACGCUGUGUUAACUGGCAGGCUCGCGGGGGAAAGUCCGGGGCAGUUUUCUAUGCUACCGAAGAUGAUCGGUUUAUUUUGAAGCAGAUGCCCAGAUUAGAGGUCCAGUCCUUCUUAGACUUUGCACCCCAUUAUUUCACUUACAUCACAGGAGCGGCUCAACAGAAGCGGCCAACGGCACUUGCCAAGAUUUUGGGAGUGUACCGUAUCGGCUACAAGAACUCUCAGAACAACACAGAGAAAAAACUGGAUUUGUUAGUGAUGGAAAACCUUUUUUACGGUCGAAAGAUGGCACAGGUGUUCGAUCUGAAGGGAUCCCUUCGAAACAGAAACGUAAAGACGGAUCAGGGAAAGGAGAGCUGUGAGGUGGUGCUUCUAGAUGAGAACCUCCUGAAACUGGUGCAUGAUAAUCCACUUUACAUCCGCUCCCAUUGCAAGGCCAUUCUACGGGCUGCCAUUCUGAGUGACGCCCACUUCCUGUCCAGUCACCUCAUCAUUGAUUAUUCCCUGCUGGUGGGCCGUGAUGAUGCCACAGAUGAGCUGGUCGUGGGAAUCAUAGAUUAUAUCCGGACUUUCACAUGGGAUAAAAAACUGGAGAUGGUGGUCAAGUCAACUGGGAUUCUUGGAGGGCAAGGUAAAAUGCCCACGGUGGUGUCACCAGAGUUGUACCGCGCACGUUUCUGUGAGGCCAUGGACAAAUACUUUCUUAUGGUCCCGGAUCACUGGACGGGACUUGGACUGAAUUGCUGAUGGGCGUAAAGACAACAACUGGAAGCACAUGCUGCUCUCUCGAGUUUCUUGGAGUGAUUUAAUGAAACUCCUAAAGACAACAAUGUACCCACUGUUCACAAUAAUGUCAGAAGCAGCUAUUUACGGUAUGGUGGGAUCAAUGAAACUCAGCUGUUUACAGAUAGACUGAGAUGCCAAGACACAGGUCCAAGCACACACACUGGAGAGACUAAACUGACAUUCAUAGCUUGAGACCUACGAUAACAGUUGUUUAUAACCUGUUAACCUAAACUGUGGAAAAUGUAAAAGUUUGUCAUAAAUGUAUAGAGAUGUAAAAGAUCAUUAAUUAAAGAUUUAUUAAUAUUA